AUGGAAGAAACAGUUAUCCUCAAUGUCAGUGGAAUGAAGUAUGAGGUGUCCACUGAAACCUUUCUGUUGAUGACGUCAACAGAUAGUCACGCAAAAUUUGAACUAGAAAAGGCGAAAACACAGAACGGUUAUUUUUUACAAAGGAAUCCUACAUCAUUUGGAGCCAUUCUGAGUUACUUUCAAGGAAAUGGUCUUCAUUUACCCCCAUUUACCUGUAUUGCGGAGUUCAAGAAUGAGCUGGAUUACUGGGGGAUUAAACCCCAAGAAAUGAAACAUUGUUGUUACAGCAAAUAUGUCGGCUUUUUUGACGACCAGAAAGCUCUAUCAAUUCUGACAGAUGACCAGACUCAAAGAAUAAACGAUCGCACAGAAUUACAACACCUUGUUCAGACAACAGGUUGGGCCUCUGUACAAGCUAAAGUCUGGUGUGUUCUGGAAGAGCCCUCGUUUAACAUUAUUGCAAAAGCGUAUUUUUACAUAAGCGCCUUUUUCGUGAUCAUAUCCAUUGCCGCAUUAGUGUGUGGAACACAUCCAACAUUUAUGCGAGGGCUUCGAGAAUCUGAGUGGCGCGAAUAUUUUGGAGAGGAAUAUCCUCGAUACGCAGGUCAUUUUGAUCCGUCUCUUGUUACGCCCGGAUCUACAGUUCCACCAUUACCAACCUUGCCUAAAGCACAACUUGAUUUCCUCACAAACUUUGAUUUUAUUACAACAGUCUUCUUUAGCAUCGAAUUUGUUCUCAGAAUUAUAUUCUGUUUAAACAAGAAGAAAUUCUUAACCUCCUUCUUGAAUCUCGUAGAUGUAUUCGCUUUGCUUAUAAUGUACUCUAAGUACGUAGUUGAGACUAUCAACCCAAAAGAAAAAUACACGGCGUCCAUCUUUGACAUUGUUCAUUGUCUUCAGAUUAUUCGUGUGUUUCGUCUUUUUCGCUUGGUGAGAAACUUCAUUGGAUUUCGAGUACUGUUAUAUUCUAUCAAAGCAAGCAUCUACGAAGUCCUUCUGAUGUCCCUGUUUCUCAUUGUGGCCAUGUUGAUGUUUUCUGCCUUUGUUUUCUUUUCCGGUGACGAAGUUUUUACAAGUAUUCCGGACGCAUUUUGGUGGGCAAUUGUUACCAUGACAACGGUUGGAUACGGUGAUAUAUAUCCCACAGAAGCACUGUCGAAAUUCAUCGGCAGUAUAUGUGCCGUCACCGGAGUAUCCCUCCUCGCUAUAAUAAUUCCAAUUUUCGUUAACAAUUUUCUCUUAUUUUAUGCAUAUUCAAAAGUGUGGGGAGGUAAAGACAUUGAGCAGAAAAACAGCAAUCUUGAAAGAGAUAAAGCAUCAAGAUGUUCCGACACAAAAGUCGCCCCCAUCAACAGCGAGGGGAAUUAGAAUUCCUGUUUUGAAGGUCGAUAUGAAGAGAAGAAUAUUUAGUUUUAUUCAUCGACUCAUGAUGCUCUCUCUCUCUCUCUCUCUCUCUCUCUCUCUCUAUUACAAUUAUAUAAUUAUGUAAUUCUUUUCGUUUGUCCUGAAGAAGGGACGGGUCGUCCCGAAAAUUUGACAAUCUGGUUGAUCGUGUCGUUGGUCAUUUUAGUGCUUUGUAUAAUUUUUUGUAUUUGACCUUGUAUCCAUGUUGUGGAUCCGACACUUUUACGUAUCAGGUGUUGUUGGAACUUAGUGCUUUUAUAUAUAUUAUUUAUAUUUUCUAUUAUUUGUAUUUAUACUAA